AUGGCUCCUAUCACCAAGACUCUUGCCCUUGCUGGCGCUUUCUUCGCAUUGACUGGCUACUCGGCUCCCGUUGCCAAGCGCGCCGUCGUUUGGGAGACCGUCACUGAUAUCGUCUGGACCACCGUCGAUGUCACCACCACCAUCUACCCUCAGGCCACUCACGCCGCUACUGUCGUCCCUGUGGUCGCCAACGCUGUCCCUACCACUACCGCUGCCCCUGUUGUUGUCUCUACUACCAAGGAGGCGGAGAAGGCUGCGCCUGCCACCACCUCCUCUUCCACCACCACUACCGCUGCCGCCGUCCCCACCGUCGAGGCACCUGUCAAGGAGAAGGCUGCGCCCACCACCACCUCCUCCACCACCACUGCUGCUCCCGCUGUGCCAACCACCACCUCCACCACCACAACUGCUGCCCCCGCUGCUCCUACCGUGGAGGCCGAGACCUCUUCCGCUCCCGUUGUAGAGGCUCAGACCUCUUCCACCGCUGCCCCUACUACCACCAGUGCUGCUACCAGUGCUGCUACCAGCGAGUCUACCAACACCGAGACCACCAGCAGCAGCAACACCGGCGUCUGCUCCGAGAGCUCCCCUUGCGACGGUGACAUCACCUUCUACGACACUGCCACCACCGCCACCAACCCCAGCUCCUGCGGCACCACCAACGAUGGUACUGUCGAGAACGUUCUCGCCCUGCCCCAUGGUAUCAUGACCGACAGUGACUGCGGCAAGACCGUCACCGUCACAUACAAUGGCCAGACCGCCACCGGUAUCGUGGUCGACAAGUGCAUGGGUUGCGACAACGAAUCCGUCGAUCUGUCCCGUCACUUCUUCGCCGAACUGGCCUCCAUGGACGCUGGCCGUAUUGCGCGAGCGGAUAUGGUCUUGACGACUCUUCCCUCUUUUUCCCCUUCUUUCCACUUCGUUGUGAUCAUUUCUUCUUCUUUCCUACUCUCUCUGAGAACCCAAUCAUUCGUCUCUCAGAGAGACCGGGCCCUUUUUUACCAUCCGUCCACUCUCUUGACCCAGGAUCUUUUUACCAUUUCGCGUAAUUUUCUUCUCUUCGGAGUCUUCUUGCGCAAUACUACCUAUGAUGGACCUCAUCCGGCCAUAAAACAUAUGCUUACGAUCCCCGCGCGCAUGCUGGCAAGUCAUGGACGGUUUGAUUCUCUUGACGAGAUCUCGAACAUGCAAAUGCGACAGGGCAAUUAUGAUUACGAUGAUCAUGCUCGUGAAACGCAAAAAACCCCCAAAAAAACACAGGCCAUAUUGCAAGAGACGGAUCAUUGA